AUGGAGAGACCCCACUCCAAAGAGGGAUUGUCCCUUCCAGCUAUUGCCAAUAACAGCAACACAGACGAAAGGUUUAGUCGUAUGGAAAAUUUAGAGGAUCGUUUGGCUGUUCAGGAAAGGACUACAAGAUCCCUCGUAGACAGAGCGCUUUCGGUGAAAGAAGAUAUUAUUGAAAGCUUGAGUAUCGCUCAGAUGAGCUGGCAAGGCGAGAAAAGAGCCAGGAGCUUGCUGCAAGAGCAUAUACGAACAAUAACUACUGUGGUGAAAAGACUGAGUAAGGAAAUUGAAACUUUGGAAGGCGAGAUCAGGUCGAAGCAAAGUCUAGUGGAAGGGCAAAGCACUGCUGUAAAAAACUUAGAGCUUCACCAUGUCGCCGGUGUCACGGAUUUGAGAGGACGUGUUGCUAGAUGUGAUGCGGCAAUUCAGAGGCUGGUAUCGGAUAUGAGAAGUAACAACGAGGUUAUAAGCGACUUCAAGCUAAAGCAAGAACAGGCAGUCAAAGAUUGUCGGGAACAAAUAAGCUCUUUAGAGAAGGGGAUUAACAACUUGACGCUUAAAAUGGAAAAAUAUAUCAUGGACCAGUCAAACAAUCUCGAAAAGUUGAAAGGGGAGUCCGAUCAACGCGUUGUACAUCUUGACUCUAAGACAAAAACAGUCGUUGAGGAUAUCCGAGGUAGUAUUUCUUCAAAUCGCUUGUGGGCCGAAUCGGAAUAUUUUAAACUGACGCAAGAUUUUCAAACCAGGUUGGAAAGGUUUGAAGGUCUUAUGGUUGAACGUCAGGAAAAACUAGAGAGAAGGGUUGACCAUUACCUGGCAAAAGUAGAUCGACUUCUGGAAGAUGAAAAGAGCAAAUAUUACAAUAUCUGGGAGGUGAGACUGAAAGAAGUGAGGUCAGAACAGGAAAGGAAUCUCCAACUAUCCUUGACUCAAAUGAGAGAUGAAUAUAGAAAGGGAUUUAACAAUGUUCAUGAAAGUAUUUCAAGCCUUCAAAAAGUGUUUCAUGCAAAAUUGAAAUUGCUGGAAGAUGAUUUGCGCAAGGCUAUUAAUAAUGUCUUAAGAAUGGUAGUUCUUGUUUGA